AUGAUUAGGAUCGAGGAGUACGCCGUGGACGAACUCGCUGCCAUCUUUCCGACGUUUGGUUUUCAAAUAAAGUUCCUCGCGUGCCUGCUAGUUGCAACGCUCCUACUAGUACAACAACAAAGGAUCGGCAUUCCCGGACCGCGAUCUUUUCCACUGAUUGGAAGCUUGUAUCUGUUCCGCUCCGAGAGACAACUGCACUUGGCAUGUAAUAAGUUGUACAGACUGUUCGGUCCCAUUUUCGAACUGCAGCUCGGAGCUGUCAAUGCGGUCGUCGUCACCGAUGUCAAGCUUAUUCGCGAAGUGCAAAGAAAACAGGAGUUUUCCGGGCGGGCUUCUAACAUGGGAUUCACAAGGAUUAUCAGCAACGGUGACAACGAUCUCGCGUUUUCGGAUGUGUCGCCAAGUUGGAGGUUUCAUCGCAAAUUCGUGCAUGCAAACGUGUUCCGGAGAAAUGAAUUGCAGCGGGCAGAAAAACACGUUCUGACAGAAGCCGACGUGCUCUGCAAGACCUUCCUGCGGUAUGCCGACGCACAACAAGCAGUGGACUGCAAAUGGAAUCUGACUGUUGCGGUCACUAACGUCGUGUUUGCCGUGCUUUUUGGUAAACGGUUUGAAUGUGAUGAUCCAAGACUGGUGGAAUGGAGGGCAAGCAGCGAGCUCUUGCUCAAGAGUCUCAGCAGUGGUGGUCUCCUGCACUGCAUGCCUUGGCUGCGCAGACUACCCGGAUUCGGUCAGAAAUGGAAUCAAGUGGUCAAAUGCCAAGAGAAGAACUGGAAUCUCGUUGGUCAAUUCCUACGUGAAGCGGUAUCACAAACCCAAGACGAUUACCUAGAUGAAACUCCACUUGCUUCACGACUCGUCUCUGCAGCAAUGGAACAGACUGGAGAAACGAACAUUGAAACCUUUCUCACUGUAUCGUACGAGGAAGCUCUCAAUUCAAGAAGUGAGCCAAACGCGGUACUCCAGCCGGCUCAGAUACGAUCAAUUCUAAUGGAUCUGCUAGGAGCUGGAUCCGAUACCACAACUCACACCAUGCGAUGGUUGGUCGCUCUUCUCGUCAAACAUCCUGACAUCCAAGAGAGAGUCUUUACUGAACUUGAUGAGGCCAUCACAGGAGAACUUACAGCUGCACACAGAAGUGUCACUCCAUUCCUCGAUGCAGUCAUACGAGAGACUCUACGUCUCUAUCCUGCUGCUCCGAUGUCUGUCCCCCACAGCGCAACCACCAACACUACUCUUGGCAGUUAUUCGAUUCCCAAAGACACCGUCGUGCUGCUUAACCUCUAUGGAAUGAUGAGAGAUCCCAAUGUCUGGGUAAAGCCUGACACGUUUGAUCCUGAUCGAUUUCUUUCAACAGACAGCAUACAAAAGAAACUCCAACAGCAGCACUUCAUGCCAUUCUCUGCUGGUGUUCGGGCGUGUAUGGGCAAGCAUCUUGCUCAGAUGACACUCUAUCUACUUGCAGCCAAACUCUUCAAGACGUACCGUAUGGAAGAAGUACCGAAAGAACCACUCGACCUUGAACCACAAGAAGACGGAGAAGCACCCAUUCCAAGAGCGUACAAAGUCAAAAUCACUCAACGCUAA